CUUGCCUCCCGGUAAUCGCGAAGUUACGGUUUUGUGUAUAUCGCAAAAUGUUUCUCUCACCUACGACUAUUCUUGUUUGUGCAAUAAUAGCGACUGUCCAAAGCAAAGCUAGUCUUUCCAGCGACACUGUGGGUACCGGAUAUGGAUCAAGCUACGGUUAUGGAUCAGGAUCUCGCUAUGGAUACGUCAGUCCAUACCUCAGUUCAGGAACUUACGAUGCACCAUACUUUGGAAUCUCUGGAUCGGCUGGCAUAGGUUUCCAGAAGCCUGGAUAUAGCGGUUACUAUGGCGGUGGAUACAGGCCUGGGUAUAGUGGGUAUAGACCAGGUUAUGGAGGUGGCUAUUAUAACAGACCUGGAUAUGGCGGGUAUGGAUACAAUAACUAUGGCGGAUACGGAACUGGAUACAGCGGAUAUGGAGGUUAUGGUGGAUACGGUUCUGGGUACGGAGGCUAUGGCUCUGGUUAUGGAGGCACUGGGGGUUACGGUGGCUACGGAGGAUACGGGGGCUCCGAUGGCUACGACGGUUACGGAACCAAUUUUGUAGGGGGAAGCUACAACAGGCCCUACUCUGGAUGGCAAUACUCUAGAACGUACUACAAAUGAUUUUGUAAAUCGAAUGAUAUGUGAUAUAAUUGUUAAGCUGUAAUGUUAUUUUGUGUUCAAAGUUAGAUUUUGAUAAAUAAAAGAUCAAUUUUUUAAUA